AUAUUAUUAUUGUAUCAUUUAUUUUAGACGGAGAGUAAUGUAUGGGAAGUUGGGCAAGGAGGAUGUCCCUCCAAAUUUUUCGGCGGAACUAGAAUUCAGCGAUGACGAGGACUUCGAUGAGGCCGAGGAAUAUUUUCUAGUCUGAACUGAUGAAGAAGAAGAAGAAGAGAUGGAGCCCAUUAUGAGGGAUGUUUGUACGCCAACACCUCCACCAUAUUUCCCCAUAACCAGACCUGCGACCCCGGAAUCAUCAAGGGUCUAUCAGUCGCCACCGAAUCGGCCGAGAUCACGAUCGCGAUCACGCGACGCUACCACUCGGCGUCGUGCUGGCCAUUUACGACGAAAACGGUGCGCCGAUUGAUAGUACUUUUGCCCUGGACUCACAUGCCCAAUAUGAGAGUGUUGAGCGUGAGAGAAGUGUAGAAAAGGGAAGGAAGUUAGUCGUGGAAGGAGUUUGAGAGGUAGAGUGUGGGGUGGACGAGGAGAGUGUGUGAGCAACCGUGGGCAGGGUCUAGGUCGCGGGAGACAGGGUUGAGGUCGCGGGGGGCAACGUCGUCUUCAGGGGUGCUUCCAGGGAUGACAGACGACGAUGUCCCCCCCGAGCUUCUUCAAAUGGUGAGGGAUGUUAUAAGGAGGCGACACGCGAGAAUGGAGGGAAUAGACACAAGGAGUAGAGUAAGAGCCCGAGUAGAAGAAUUGAAUGAAGAGCAAAAUAGCGUGAGUGAUGAUGAUGAUGUAUUCGAGGACGCCUUUGAUGGAAGGGGUGAUUCGCUCUUGGAAGGUGUGGAUCUCCAUUUCGAAUGGUCACCAAUGCAGACCUUUCGAAGUGUCGAAGAGUCUUUUGUGCCUGAGCAUACUGGCUCUGUAGAAUCUCACCUUAAUCCUUACAAUGCUUUUCGUUCUUUUUGGGACGAUAGCAUCUUACAGGUUAUAGUAGAUGAUACGAAUCGGAAUGCUAGCCGAAUUCAGUCGGCCACCUUCCAAGCAGGCUGGCAUCCGACAAAUAUCCAUGAGCUGUUGUGCCUUUUUGCGUUUUGGAUGAUGACCGGUGUUAUCCGAAUGCCAACAAUUCGUAGAUACUUUUCAAGUAACUCAUUGUUGAGGACGGAAGCGUUUUCCCGAAUCACCACGCCAAAGAGAUACGACAGUUUAAACAGGGCUCUCCAUUUUGUGGAUACAAGUCCUGAAUUGUCGGACCCAACCAACAGUGGCGUCGCAAUCUCGGAUCCAAUGUAUAGUUUGAGGCCAAUAAUUGAUCACCUUUAUAAUAAAUUUCAAUCUUAUUACGUCCUGUCGAAAGACAUAUGUAUUGACGAAAGCUUAACUCUUUGGAUAGCCAGGCUAAAGUUCAAACAGUACAUUCGUUCGAAGGCUGCUAAGUUUGGGAUCAAAACUUUCGAGCUCUGCGAGAGCUCGACUGUGUAUCUCUGGUCUUUCUUGGUGUAUACAGGAAAACUGGAUGCAGUCCAAGGUGGAAUCACGAAAAGUACCGCAAUAGUUCUUAAGUUGAUCCGUCCCUUACUCAAUAAAGGAUAUCGAUUGUUUAUGGACAAUUGGUUCAACAGUCCGUUGCUCGCUCGCAUUUGUAAACGUAACGGUACUGACUGCGUUGGUACCUUACUCUCGUCUCGUGUAGACGUUCCCAGAUUGGUUACACAUGCUCCGCUCAAGCAAGGACAGUUAGUCGCGAGGCACUCAGGUGACGUCUAUGUCUUGUCUUGGCUUGACAAAAAGCGCGUCAAUAUGAUCUUGACAUGUCAUGGAUCUGUGCCGACAUGUCUGGCUCUUGUCAGCCAACUCGUCCCGAGCAAUUCAAGCCACAGUCGGUCCUUGACUAUAAUCGCGGCAUGGGCGGCGUUGAUCUGAAAGAUCAAAUGCUCGAGCCGUAUUUACUUGAGCGGAAACGGGUGUUCCAGGUGGUAUCUCAAGCUUUUGAAGCGGCUGCUUAAUUGCUCAAUUCACAAUUCUCGUGUCCUGUUGGAGUCUUCCCUGAAGACGCGGCAGUACAAUCUCACAUUCCGUCUAGAUUUAGUGCAUGCUAUUUUAACGAAACACCAUUCGCUCAUACCACUAGGCCGGAAAGCACAAUCAUCUGUUACUAGAUCAGCGCAUUUUCAUCACAUAGUUCAAAAUACACAUUGGCCCGUUCGCCUUCCCCAAACAGACAACGACCGGGCAGCAAAUAGACAAAGCCGACAGAAAUGCGUCGUUUGUCUGCGUGAGGGGCGGAAGCUUCAAAGGACUUACUAUAAGUGCGAGGAUUGCGGUGUGCCACUGUGUAUUGAGAACCGCUUCAAAUCAUAGCAUACAUCACAAGCUUAAUGAUUCAUCAUGCUUUUUCAUCAUGCUUUUAUUUUUACUUCUGACAAUUGCCCGUUCGUUGUCGAUGGAUUACAAGAAGAAUAAUGGGUGUAGUAUGAAUGUUAUAUUUCGAAUCGAGUGAGUGUGUGUGUGUGUGUGUAUAUAAAUAUCUCGUCGUAUGGCAAUGGUUGGCAAACUGUGCGGCUCCUUGACUCUUUGGCUGCGGCUCUUUCACUAAAUGUUUAAUGCAGGCAACAAAAGCAUAAGUAUAAUUUAAUUGUGUUUCGUUAAAAUAUAAAACCAGCUCAAAUCUAAUUUUACUCCUAAUUAUUUCCAUAAAAACGUAUCUACUAAAGCAAAGCUUAAAUAAAAAAAAAUGCUUUCUAACUAAACUACGAUUUUGUAUUUCUUAUGAUAUUUGGCUCUGUUUGAUGAUAAGGUUGCCGACCAUUGCAACCUAGCUAACCUAAUUUUUUCUUGUAUA